AAAAAUGCAUUUAUAGAUUUUAAAUAGAUGAUUAUCUUCUGACAAAACAAAUCAAGGCUGGUUCAUUCCUUUGCCAAAGGGGUUUAUCUUCGUCAUUUCACGCGUGGAUGACUUUUCAUUACGUUUAUUUAGUAGCCUAGAUCUAAAGUGACUUUAAUGAAUGCUAGAACAUGACAAAUUAAUACUGGAUACUACUGAUCCUGAGGAGUAAAAUACGAAGCGGUAUAUAUAAAAAAAAAAUAAAAAUAAAAUGAAAAAAAAAAUCGUCAACCAAACCACAAACGUCUGUGAUUGGUCCAUCCUGAACAGCGCAAAGAAGAGUAACCGGUUCCUCGUGAUAUUUCUAUAGCUACUGCUUCUCUAGCUAUAUAUACACUGAGAAACAUUAAAAGCAUAUGAAUUGAAAAUACACAACGUUAAAGUAUAAAAAUGUAAUUUCGACUCCAUUCCGACACUUGUACCUUUAAAUGGCCAUUCCAGUUACUUGACUCUAUUUCUGCGGCAGGUAGUUCAAUGCAGAGUCACAAAACACCGACACAUUUUGGUGGGUUCUCGUUUUUUGACCACGCCUUUUAUUAACAUCUCAUGCCGCUGUGUUAAUGAACACCAUGGAGAGGAGGACCGCUGAAAUGCCCCUUUGCAUGGAGAGAGAAACGCCAUUAAUGGAUAAAUAAACAAAUAAAUGCCGUAUUAAUCAUAUAAAUCUGUGUCACUGGUGGGAUUAUUACGGACCGACAAUGGCAGCUGUGAGUCUGACGGAUCCGCUUUGCAAACCUUGUUCUUACCGUUCACAUUUCAAAGUUGAGCUGUGCGUGAGGAAGCCCUUGAUGCCCAUUCACCUGAGCAGUGAUCAAUUGGCACUGGAGAUGCUGUGUCUCUGCAGCCAGCUGGAUCUAUUGAUCAGAGCUCAGGUCCAUCAGUUUCAGGAGCAGAUUAAACAGGACACUAGUCCUGAGGAGUCUGAAAGUUUUAAGAGACAGGUGGCUGAGAUAAUAUAUCAGAUGAACCAGUGCCUUGAACAUUCAUCAGAAUAUUCGGUGCUUCAGCUUGAGGAAUUUUUGGAUGUUAUAGGACUAUCUGAUGUAUUCCCUCGAGUGGAAGUUUAUAUGAUACACGGCCGCCCUAUUGACAUGCUGGAAAAAUCGCCUUCAGAUGCUUAUUUUCCUUUUAUUGGGAGGCUGAACCAGCUGCUGGUGCUUAGUCAGCAGGUAAAUGAAGAUGUGAAGCAUCUGGGCAGUCAUAAGUACAUCGCACAUCAGCUAUCAGCAAUUUAUCAAGUGCUAAACUCUUUCAAAGACUGCUUGCCAUUAUCCAUCAUAAGAAAGGAUAUUGAGGCCAAUUUCAAAGAGUUAAAGAUGUCUCUUUCGAAAGAAGAUGGGUCCAAGCUGGAUCCUCAGUUGCCAGCACAUCACGCGAGCUGGGUGUCAGAGUUAACACAAAACAUGAUAUCUACGGUUCUAUCACUCUCAGAAGAGCUCACCAAAGAGUUAAAUCCCCUCAAGGAAUCUGUCUCUAACCCCUCCUAACAGCUGGAUCCACAGUGCCUCAAGUGGAUGGCGAGAAAUUGUCACCGAAUAAAAGUGAUUCUCUCGAAAAAUGAUCAUUUAGAGUGUCAUUUGAUUUUGUUCGUCUGUAUGGACCCACAGAUAAGACUGUGAUAAUGUGACCCAGGUCUAUUUCAAGACCUUGAAAGAUCGCUAACACAAAGAGAAAAGUUUACAUUCUGAGUGCUGCCACUUGUGAGUAAUUUAUUUUUAGCCAUUUCAUAUAUUUUUAGCAUUGUUUGUUGAGUUGUUUGAGUUUUCAUACAUAUAGAGGAUUUAAAAAAAUGCAAUAACAUCUUUUAUAAUGCAUCUGUAUACUUGAAGUGACUGUUGCACAUGUUCUUCCCCUUCUGUACAUGAUGGUGCUUGUGAUGGUGAUGUGAUUUCAUACCUCCACCUGUCGCCUGGUCAUUGUCACAAAAUAAACUCAAACGAGGUGAUCGGGAGAAGCAGAUAUGCUGGUUUACAGUUUAGUAGGCAUUA